UCCCUGACAUUUGAAGAGCUCCAGGGAUUCGCUGAGCAUGCUCAGUCAUCCCCGUCUGCUAGAAAGAGGAAGCUAGUUUACAUAGGAGUCAUACCAAGCAUAGCCUGCAUGUUAGUGCAGUUAACUUGCAGCGGGCUGUGAGGAGAGUUAGCAUGUCUUUGUGCUAGGAAAUCGUUGCCGUUCUCUCUGUUUUUUCCCUUUUCCUUUUCAGUCUGGAAAAAGAACUAGAUGCAAUUUCGUUUGCAAUUGGGAACGCAAUAUAUUGCAAAAUCCCCGUCUCCGAUUCUAAACGUCUUUGAAGGAGAUUUUGGCUCCCCCUCCACUCGCUUUUAAUAUACUUUGUUUUGCUUAGUCGGAGGCUGGGCCUUGAGCUUGGGGGACUCGGGAAAGGGCCCGGACCUACUCAUCAGCAUUUGCCCGCGUUCUUGUCGCUGUUUUGGGGGGGCGGCAGCAAGCAAGCUGGUCUUCUUUGCUAGCCCGCUAAAUGCUAUUUAUGAAGAUGGACCUGUUGAACUACCAGUAUUUGGACAAGAUGAACAACAAUAUUGGCCUUCUCUGCCAGUAUGAAGGUGAAGCUGCUCUAAGAGGGGAAUCCAGGAUGCAAUCUCUUCCAGUAUCCAGUGCUAUAACCAACCAUAGGACAGGGCCACCCCCUAUCAGUCCCUGCAAGAGGAAGUUCAGCUUGGAUCAAGGAGAUGAUGACCUAGACUGUGAAAAUGAACAUGUCUCAAAAAUAAGUCGAAUGUUCAGUCCCCAUCUAAUGAAGACUGCCAAUGGGGAUUACCGGAAAGAGCACAGAGAAAGAAGCCGCAGUCCAAUUGACCGGGCUGCUGCACCAACAGUGAGCAUUCAUGCUAAUCACAUGUAUGCCUCAAUCCCAAGUUUAACCAUGGAUCAACCUCUAGCACUGACCAAAAACAAUAUGGAUGCUAACCGCUCUAUCAGCAUCACUCCUACAAUGACGUCGGUGGAACGGCAGCAGAACCGUCCAUCUGUAAUCACAUGUGCCUCUGCAAACAAUCGUAACUGUAAUCUCUCCCAUUGUCCAAUUGCGCACAGUGGAUGUGGCACUGCCAUGCCAGCCAGUUACCGGAGACCAUCUAGCACUACCACUGCCUGUGAUCCAGUGGUAGAGGAGCACUUCCGUAGAAGCCUUGGCAAGAAUUACAAGGAGCCAGAGCCGGUGACAAACUCUGUGUCCAUUACGGGAUCAGUUGAUGACCACUUUGCCAAAGCACUUGGAGAAACAUGGCUUCAGAUCAAAGCUGCGAAGGAUGGAGUGUGCAGCAGUCCUGAAUCUGCCUCCAGAAGGGGCCAGUCAUCUUCUCCUUCCUCCCAUAUGGUCAACCAUAAUCACUCACCUUCUGUAGUAUCAUGAGCAGAGGACCACCAUUUCUUCAUCUACACGUGAAUUUUCAUGGUUUGACUGAGCAUGGAACAGCGCUCAAACAGUAAUAGUGUUUGGGGGGGAGGAAAGGAGGUGAGAUUUCAGCAACAUGCAUUUUUAUGUAUUUGCUUGGUUUUUAUACAAGUGUGCCCUUAAAACAUAGCAGGAACUAUCUGAUUAAAAACAAAUCCUAUGAUGUAGCACUCUUUUUUUCCUGCCUCAAUUACCAAAGAAACCUCUCAUGCAAGUCUGCUGCCCCCUUUUUGUAUAACACAUGCAGAAGCAAGUUAAUGGGCAAAAAAAAGCCAUUCUGUACAGUUGGUUGACCCAAAUACUGUGUGCUUUGAUUAGCUUCUUGAGACUAGAAAAUUGUCUGGGUUUUGUUUUUGUUUUUUGCUUCCAUUGCUUUCUUCUCUCUUUGUGAAGCAACUUUGUAUGUAUAUACUUGAAAAGAACUGUCAUGUAUGAUUUGCACUAUUGGAGGAAGUCUAAAGUUGCAUAGCAACUUCAUGCACGAUGCUUAUAUUCUGAGGGCAAACUGCUUGGGGAAAAAAGUCUAAGGGUGACAUUUCUGUCUCUAUAAAGCAAGAAAGCAAAAUUGCUUAGGAAGGGGAAGUCUCAUACAGGUUAUAGGCCUUUCUCUUUAGCUGUCAGGUGCUUAGUGCUUGCAACUGGACUGCAUAACUGACUUAUCAUGGGCAUUUUAACUUUUCGUAACAUUGCAGUUUGUUAGAAUAGAGCUGAAGUCAGAGGGUUCAAUAGUGCUUAAAGAUGCAUGUGUAUGAAAAAAUAGCUGGUAUCUAUUAAUGUACAGACAGUAAAAACAUAAUACUUAUUAGCCUUUGAGAACUAUUUUUUUUUUCAGUAACAGCCCUAGGUAGAUUUACUGCUGGUACAGUUGUACUCUGAUAUUUGUAUCUGAUAUUCAUCUUUAGUAGCAGCCAGCAGACAUGGACAGUCCCAUGUUGGCCAAAAAAGAAGCAGUUUUAUACCAUAGCAAAUGCUGUGAAGCACAGGAUGUUUUUGCUCCAUUUACUACUCCAUCUGCAACAUCAUCUAUUUAAUAAAAAAUUACUUACUAAGAAGUUUAGAAAUGUGUAAGCUAAUUAGUUGCAAAAAGUGAUCUCUUUUCCAAUCUUUUGACUAACCAAUAGAUUGUGGAAUAACAAUCUUUAGUUAUUGAGGCUGCUUUUAAAUCUAGGCCAAUGCACCAUACAUUCCUCCAUUUAAAACAACCUUUUUAUAAAGAUGUUAUUUGCAUUUAUUUCAUUUGCUGUAUUAAUAGCCAGUAACUAGGUAAAUAGAGGCAGGCAUAACAAACAGAUUUGUGUUAAUAGCAAUGAGCUUCUCAGCUUUGUUAAAUGCAGCGACUUGUCCCUUCUUCUCCCCCUCCCACACAUUCCACCAUCCCCCAGUGAAGUUACACCAUGUGGAUUUUUAAUAUACUGGGUUACCUGAAAAGAUUGGCUCCAUUUUUGAGAGAGUUGGAUUGUGGUGUAUUCUGGACAAUGUUACAUUAUUGGGUCCAUAUUGACUUUUACAUUUUUUUCCAAUGUUAAAGCUAUUUAAGAAAGACGUGAGGUAAGAGACCAGAACAUGAUCUGUUUUUUAAUUAUUAUUAUUAUUGUUGUUGUUUUCUCUGCAUAUGGCUGCCUAAUUUUAGAAGCAAGAAAAGGCCAAUAGAAGCUCCUCCCUUAUCAUCCAUUUCAUCCUGGGUAGUCAAUGUACAAUCUGCUUUGGCAUUCAUUACCCAUCUCCCUAUAAGAAAAUUUCAGAAAAAAACCAACACUUUUUUUUAUAUAGGUGACUUUAAGACCAUCAUUACGCUGUGCGUAAAGAAUGUACAGAGAAAUUUGUAGGUAUUUUUUGAAGAACAAUUAAUUUGUUAAUGAUAUGUAGCUAUUUAAUUUUUCCCUUUCCUUUAUUGUAAUCAUUCUCUUUUUUUUGUCUGUUUGGAGAAAAAAAGUUGAUCUUUUUUUGUUUGUAGAGGUGUCUGUAAUACAGUAAAAGUGCAGGAACACAGUUAUUCUAUGAGAACACUGCAUUAGCAAUUAAUAGCCACUAGUGUGUUAUUGCUAUAGGCUACUGAGCGGUCUAACAGGAAAGUACUAAUAACUAUAGAUGGACUCUGUGAGAUUAUGUAACUCCUUUGACAUCUCUCUGAAGCACAAUAGAACAAUGUCAGGUUUACUUAUCUGUGAUAGGUAAAUGCAGUUGUAGUGGGGAAGAGAUCGGCAUCCAUCCACACAACACUUGGAAUUUACUUGUACUGAUUUUGGUGGAACCUAUUUCAAAGUAAAAGGUGCUUGGGGUUGUACGUUUGGUGUGAGGUAUCCCAUGUUUAAUCAUUUGAGGGGGGGAUAAUUUCCAUGGAAAUCAUUAUUUUGUGGAAGCCAAAGGGGGUUUGGGGUGGGUAGAAGGAGGAUAUUACUCUCACUGUUACAUGACGUUUUAUCCCAGAGCCACAGUUGUCUACAGUUCAGCUUGAACAAUGCUCUCCAUGUUUGUAAAUCUGUAACAUACCAUUCUUUUAUGGCCUCGUUUCACCUAGAGAUUUUUAAAAAAGGUUUGGCAGGCCAUCUUUUUUGUACUUAAAGUAGCCUUAAUGAACAAUAAAGUGCUCUUAAAAUCUCA